CAAGUGUAAUCAAGGAGAAGGAUUUGAAACAACAAAAACAAACCUUAUCAAUAAUGAUUAAAGAUGUCUUUUACUCUAUAAAUCUUCAACUGAUGUAAUUUUAAAUCUGUCUCUUUUUGGACGAUAUGACGGUCUGAUGAUUAGUGAUGUUGGGCCGGUUUUCAACCGCUUUGCAGAACGCAGUGGAUGUGCUUGCUCCUCCUCCACCAUUGCACGAGGAUUUCGCAUACCACUGGAAAAAAUUGAUGAAAAACUACUUGGACAUAGCAGCGGAGAAGACCCAUUCUGUCGAGGCCACUAACAUUCCUGCACGGUUCGACCAACUGCUUAAGAUACUGAUAAAAGAAGAUGAGGAAAUGUGGGUUGUGGGCCACCCAGGUCCUUGCAUGGAAUACCUCCUCCAACACAAUCUGCUUGACCUCGUUGUGUCCCUGGCCGAUUCCGACGACCCGCCUGGCAUACGGAAAACCGUUCUUCAAUUCAUCGCCAAGUUUCUUACCAAUAUUAAAACGCCAGUGUUGGGCCACACAAGUGUUUACCCUCCAUUACAGAGGCUGAUAGCCCAGUGUGAUGGAAGCAGCUAUGGUUCCAGUGAAAUGCAAGAAGUUCAUUACCUUCUGGGGCUGACAGCAAUGGUAAGACGGAAUCCACAACUGCUUCCCGUAUUCACCUCAAAUGUCAUCAAUGGGAGCUGUGGUACUAGCCCAGAUAGAAAUCGGAGAGAAUCUUAUUGUUCAUCAGAGGCAAGUUGUGUGUCGUCAACAGCACCUAGUGAUUGCAGUUCUUCAGCUCCUCAAAACAAUCCGUUAUUUGCACCACUGGCUACUUCUGUGCGGUCUAAGGUAGUACGGUUGGUGCCUGUCCCUCCCGAUUCAUCUGGAAUAAGUACGCCCUCUUCUGAUGACAACAAGUCACUCGUUGUAGACGAAUCUGCUCAGUUUCCGUUGUUGGACGCUGCCUUGCCAUACCUGCAAUCCCAAAAUUGUAAAGUAAGGCUGAAAGCCUGCCAGACAGUGAUGCUACUGGUCUCAUUACCCGAUUCGAGGGCUGCGGAAAUCAUUGUAGCAGAUACUCUGUUACUUUCGAAGCUUACUUCAAGACUGAAUGACCUUUAUCACAAUAUUCCAUCAACAACAGAUCCAAGCUUUAUUGAUGAUAUUCAUGUCUCUUGGGGGUUAGAUAUUGACAAUUCUGAUUUAUUGGACGGAACAAAUGAAGUGACUACUUUCCUUUCUUGGUAUGACUUUUGUGACCAGAUAUUAGCUGAGUCUCAUCAAAUAAUUGGUGAAGCACUUUCAAAAGAAAUAAAAGAAAAAUUUCUUAAUGAGAUAUUCACAUUGGAUGUUCUCGUCCAGCCGCUCGAUAUCGCUAUAUUGGCAAAAUGCUACAAAAUGUCCACUUCAAAACUACUUAUUCAAGUCCUCAGUGAAUGGCUGGUUGGUGCAGAAGUGGUUCGAGAGAUACCUGGAGCAAAUAAUGAAAGCUCAGUAUAUCAGACUCUUAUUUCAAAUUGGAAAAGUUAUAAGGUGGACCUUAUUACAGAAACCCUUAGGUUUUUUGAGGUGAUACUUGAAAAGGGGGAUCAACAUGUUUUAGACUGUUUAGCAUUGGUGUACGUCAAUGACAACAGUUUUCUUGAUAAAGCAGUUGAUGAAAUUGAUGAUAAUUCUGAGGACAGUCUUGAUAAAAAAUCCCGAAUUGACAGAAUUAUCGACAGUUUCAUAAAUGUUCUUCCUGUUGAGUUGAGAUGCACUGAAAACAACAGUUACGUGCAAUAUCUGGCUGAAACACAGCGACAAUAUACCUCGGUGCUGGCCCAAUUCAAUCAAAGUCUCAAAAAUCCCUCGAUGAAAAAAGAAAGUGAUAAGAGAAGUAGCGAGAACGAAGGAUGGAGACAAUUCUAUGAAGGACCUUUCCUCAGGGCCUUGUUCGAAGCAAUUGCCAAUAUUCCAAACCAGCCGUACGAAGUGAAUCUGGAACUGACAGGAGUCAUAUCAAGGAUCUGCCUCCGCCCUGAACCGAGCCUUUCCUGCUACCUCCUUGAUACAUGCGUGCUCAAACUAGCACCUGAAGUGAACAGUUUGUGCUCAGUUUUGACUAGAACAGCUGCCGCACUUGAAACUUCAUUUAUGUGCAAACCAGGGAAUCAAAUUCUACUUAAAGAAACCAGAGCAAGGCUCAUCACCGAGGACCCUAACCUACCUUGUCAAAUCAUGUCCGAUUCAACGAGUAGUACAUUCGAAAACAUUGUCGUACUAGAGGAGCUUUGUAAGGAAUUAGCCGCAAUCGCUUUUGUAAAACAUCGCCAUGAAUCAAGCCACCUGUAGAUUGGUGGAGAUUUAUAAAUGUAAAUGUGGCCUAUAAACAGGGCAGUUAUGACAGCAAAAAUCGAAAUAGGUUUUUAUGUCUUGGUGUAUAUAAGUUUUUAAUGAGUGAGAUUUUUUUCCUGGUUAUAAAGUUCUUAAUAAGGACGGUUAAAAACUUUUGAAGAAUAUAUAAUUGUAUAAGUUGUAUAUAAAUUUAUAUUUAUAUAUAGUUUAUAAGUGCCGCUGGUUGGUGCUGCAGUAUACAAUUUAGCAAAUUGCCUUUAUUUCAAAUAUUUUCACAUAGUUUUUAAUAUUAUGAACCAGAAAAAAAUUAUUUUUUAAAUAUUAUUGAUAAAUUCCACCAUUUUGUAUAUUUUCUUUCAUUUUGUGUAUAUUUAUUUUAAAUAAAUUAAAGUAUUGAUUAGAAAAUGAAGUUUGAGUAAGUAUCAGUUUUUAGUUUCCUUUUUUUUAAAAAUAAAUUACAAUAAAAUAAAUGUUAUAGUUUUCAAGAAUGUAUAAACAUGAAACUGUAUUAUUAGUCAUAAUUUCUCUCAACUCACGG